AUGAGGAUGUUGGAGCCUGACAUCUACCACUGCAUGGAUUACCAUGCAGCUUUGGCACCCCUCUACUUGCAGGAGAAGCCGAUCCCAAUGAUCUUGGUUUUGCACAAUGCAGACUACAUGGGUGUGAUCGAAACUGACUUCAUCAAUGAUCGCUUCUGGAAGACAACACCUCCAAUGCGACGCCUCAGCUUGGUGUUCAAUCUCAAAAUCCCGGCCAUUCGGAAGUACGUGAUGUUCGAGGGGCGCUUCAACAUGUUGAAGGCUGGUGUCGCUUAUAUCAAGGAGAUGCAGGCCGGUCAUGGAGUUUGUGCCGUCUCCACCAACUACGCACUGGAUCUCAAACGUGAACGGAUGCUCUUCCGUGGCCUGCCCAACAUCUUACCCUUGGACAAUGCGACCGACCCCGCCGAAGAUCAGGGUGCUGCAGGCAUCGAGAAGCUCCGGAAGAUGCGCUUUGAGGCGAAGGCAGCGCUGCAGAAGCACUGCGACUUGGACCAGGACCCGGGAGCCAAAAUUCUGAUCUUCAUCGGAAGAUGGGUGAAGCAGAAGGGCGUGGACCACAUCGCCAUGCUCACCAAGGACAUCUUGAAGAGCCGACGAGAGGUCCAGAUCGUUCUGGCAGGACCCCCGGACGACGCCUUUGGGCUCUAUGCGCAAGAGCUCUUGGCACCGCUCAAGCCGCUCUUCAAAGGGCGCCUCUUCGUGUGCACGGAGUUCUUCCGUUUGCCCAACGAGCUUCGGCGUGGCGCGCACCUCUGCUUGACGCCCUCCUGCUCUGAACCUUUCGGCUACGUGGAUGUGGAGUUUGGCUUAUUGGGUGUCCCUUCCGUUGGAUGUGCGAUUGGGGGCUUGGGGAAAAUGCCUGGCAUCUACUUCCGCCAACAAAAUGCGGACUCGCCGCACAUGUUGCUGGAAGCAUUCUAUUGUGCGAUCGACCAUGCUCUUGAUCUACCAGAGCCCCAGUACUGGCAGAUGGCGAAGGCUGCGACCAAGGCGACCUUUCCCUUCAUCAUUUGGCGUGAGAAUUUGCUUGAAGCAUAUCACCUUGCCUUGGUCCACUUCAAGGAGAAGAACUUUGCCCGGCUGAAUCGUCUGUGGGCACAGGUAGCAGGCCGCGAAGGGGUGCAACGGGAACUGGCACAUCGCGAGAACAACCGCUUCCGACGUAUGUCCUCCACAUCCAUCGUGGCGCAACAGAUGCGUGUCUUGGACGUGGAUGCUGAUGCAGAGUUCCUGGAGCAGCAGGUCAGUGAGGAGCACAUCGACGGUUUCGCCGACGGACCGUUGGAGGGACCGGGAUGUGGUUUUUAA